AUGCCACGUAAGCUACGUAAGAAUAUACGUAAGAGGAAGAGAGCAUUGAAACAUCCAAUAGUAAAACUGACACCACAACAACAGUUGCAACAACAAAUGCUGAAUGACCCCACUAUGUUGCAACAAAUGUCAAGCAAUCCUAUGCUUUUAAACCGAGUUGUUGGUGCACAGAGUGGAGGUUUAAGAGCGGCACUUUUAGCGAAAAUGGCAGGCUAUGGUGGAGCUGCAGACGGAACAGCUUAUAACCCUCAAAGUCAAAUGAAUUUGAGUUCACUCAAAAAUCAAAUAACAGAUGUCAAAAAGUCAAACAUAGACAUACAGAAACAAAUAAGUGAAAACGAAAAGAAACUAGAAUAUGACAGACAGACAAAGAAAUUCAAUGAGUUAAACGUAGAGAAAAAGAAGAAAGAAGAACAACUGAAAGAACUAAGUACAGAGGAAUAUGCGAAAAAAGUGUCAGAAAAAGCAGCAGAAGUAGCAAAAAUGGAACAAGAUGUUAUAAAUUUGAAAAACCAUACUACUCAAUAUAAAGUACUGAAAGAUGAAGAGAUAAAACAAAAAGCCAUGAAGACAUAUAUGGAUAGCGAUGAGUAUAAAAAAGAAGUUGAAGCAAAUGUAAAGGCAGAAAAACUUUUACAGUUGCAAAACCAAACCGUACAGUAUGAAAACUUAGCACAAGAAAGUAAAAAUAACGACGCGGCUAUGCAAAAGGCAAUGAAAAGCUCAGAAUAUAUAAAAGCUAACAAUGACUGGUUAGAUGCCCAAGCCAACGCUAAAGCAGCCCAGCUUAUAGGGUCAAUAAGGACAAAAAUACAAGCGGAUGAAGACAGUUCAAAUGAAGCUUUAACAAAUGCUGACUUUAAGAACGCCUUCGAAGCUCUUCAUAGUAAGGUGAAACAAGUGAACGACUUCUCAUCUGGAAAGAAACUGAAGUCUGAAGGUUUCGACAAAGAGUUAAGAGAAGUAGCACAAAAUAUGACGAAAAUAACAGAUGCAGCAACGAGACAGGCAGUUCAAAGUGCCUAUGACGCCGUUAGAGCAACUGUUGUGAAAAGUCAAGAAAAAGAGUUACAACAGACCAAAACAGACCUAGUAAAUGCUUUCUUAAGAACGAAAAGUCAGGUAGGACAUUACGCUGCAGAUGGAACAUAUGUGCCAGCUGGUG